AUGAAUAACCUUGUAUCGAAAUCCAACCUUUCAACUCCGUCAUCAAGUUCUAGGAGCAACGCCAGUAGCUUUAGCACCACUGAGGCCAAUGAUAGCUAUAACGUAUUAGACCUACCACAUCUCAACGGCAACCUACCACCAUUCACAUCAUUUUCUUAUCGAUCAUUGGCUAUUCUUUCAGGACACGUUGGCUCUGUUUCGUGUUUAGCCUUGUGUGGUGAGUUCGUAUUGAGUGCUUCCCAGGGAAAAGACAUCAUAGUAUGGCAACAACCAGAUUUAAGGUUGUUUGCCAAGUUCGGACAAGGAGAUGGAUCUGUGAAAGCGCUUGCCACCGUUGGUAACAAGGUUUUCACUGCUCAUCAAGAUAGCAGGAUUCGAGUCUGGAAGGUGUCAAGGAGUUCAGAGAAUGUGUUUAAGCUCGUUGAUACACUUCCAACAACAAAGGAUUAUUUGGGGAAGUUUAUGAAACAGAAUAAUUAUGUUCAGACUAGGAGGAAUCACAAGAGGUUGUGGAUUGAACAUGCAGACAGCAUUUCUUGUUUGGUUGUUCAUAAUGGGUUGAUUUAUUCAGGGUCAUGGGAUAAGACACUUAAAGUGUGGGGUGUUUCUGAUUUGAAGUGUUUGGAGUCAAUUAAAGCUCAUGACGAUGCUAUCAAUGGGUUGGUAGCAUGUAAAGGGGUUGUUUAUUCUGCUUCUGCAGAUGGGAAAAUCAAGGCAUGGGGAAAAGAGGGGGAAAGUUUGCAUUGUUUGAAAGGUGUUUUAGAGGGUCAUAAAGAUGUUUCAUUUAAUUCAGUUGUUAUAUCUGAUGAUGGAAAAUGGGUUUAUGGAGGUGGUUCUGAUGGUUAUGUUAUAGGGUAUGAAAGGAAUAAUGGCCGUGAGAAUUGGAAAAUGGUUUGUGAGAGAAAGGCACAUGAAAUGGCUGUUUUGUGUAUGUGUUUGAUAGGUGAGUUUUUGUGCACAGGAUCAGCAGAUAAGAGUAUAGGUAUUUGGAAAAGAGAGUGUUUUGGUAAAGUUUGUAAAGUUGGGGUUUUAACAGGACAUGAAGGGCCUGUGAAAUGCUUGCAAGCUUUGUUGUCGAAUAGAACUGGUGGUGGAUUUUUGUUGUAUAGCGGUAGUCUUGAUAAAAGUGUGAGAGUUUGGUGGGUUUCAAAGUAUGAUAAAACACAACAGGUAGAGGAGAAAACUCUAUCUACAUUGAAUGAUUUAUGA